GCUGCUUAUGUUAUUCCAUUCGGCAGUUUGCAAACAAGUGUUUUGGUGAGGGUGUGGUGUUAAAGCAGUGUUUUUGCAUAGACAUAUUUGAGUAGACUACGGAUAAAUCUUCUCUUGGAGCGUGCAAGGUUCAGUUUCAGGGAUCUCUGCUGUGGUGAAGAGGAAAGCAGACGACAUUGCACAACAGGCCCAACUGAAGUGAUCACUCCUGGAAAUAAAUGGCUUCCAUGUCUUCCUCAGAAGAGGAUUUGUCCUGUCCUAUGUGCCGUGACAUCCUCAAGGAUCCAGUUAUUCUGACUUGUAGUCACAGCAUUUGUAAAUGCUGCCUGAAGACAUUCUGGGAAACUACUAGAGGAUCAAAAGAAUGUCCAGUUUGCAAAAAAACAAUAUCACUGGACCCUCCCUGUAACCUUCAUCUGAAGAACCUGUGUGAGACUUUUUCAAAGCAGAGGAGUGAGAACAGACAACUCUGCAAUCUUCACCAGUCAGAACUGAAGCUCUACUGUGAAGAUGACAAACAGCUUGUGUGUUUGGUGUGUCGAGACUCAAAACUCCAUCAAGAGCACAAGUUCAGUCCUGUCAAGGAGACUGCACAGGAGUGUAAGGACACGCUGAAGACCCUUCUGAAGCCCUUAAAGGACAAACUGGAGAUAUUCAAUGAUGUGAAACUCACCUGUGAUGAAACUGCACCACACAUAAAGGUACAGACCCAACAGACAGAGAUGCAGAUCAAGCAGGAGUUUGAGAAGCUUCACCAGUUUCUACGAGAUGAAGAGGCAGCCAGGAUAGCUGCACUGAGGGAGGAAGAGGAGCAGAAGAGUCAGAUCAUGAAGGAGAAGAUUGAGAAGAUGACCAGAGAGAUCUCAUCCCUUUCAGACACAAUCAGAGCCAUAGAGGAGGAGAUGAAAACCGAUGAUGUCACUUUUCUGCAGAACUACAAGACCAUGGUGGAAAGAGCCCAGUGCACACUGCAGGAUCCAGAGAAGCUUUCAGGAGCUCUGAUCAAUGUGGCAAAGUACCUGGGCAACCUGAAGUUCACUGUCUGGGAGAAGAUGAAGGACUUGGUUCAGUAUACUCCUGUGAUUCUGGAUCCCAACACUGCACACUCACAUCUCAUCCUGUCUGAAGACCUGACUGCUCUGAGUGACAGUGGUCAGAGGCGAGCGCUUCCCGAUAACCCAGAAAGACUUGGUCCUUGGGAAUCUGUGCUAGGCUCUGAGGGCAUUAACUCAGGGACACACUGCUGGGAUGUCAAGUUUUCAGGCAAUGUAUUAUGGGAUGUGGGGCUGAAGCCAGAGAGUGCCAACAGGAGCACAGUGGAGUCCCGCUGGUCCGGAUCCUGGUUCCUUAAUAACUGUAAUGGGGAAUAUAAAGCCCACUCUCCAGACACAGAAGAAGGCAUCGCCAUCACAAUGCAGCAGGAGCCCAAGAGGAUCAGAGUGCAGCUGAACUGGGACAGAGGAGAGCUUUCAUUCACUGACCCUGAUAAUGACACACACCUACACACCUUCACACACAAGUUCACAGAGAGAGUCUUUCCAUACUUUUACGCCUUUCUGUGUUCUCUGAAGAUUCUCCCAGUGAAGCCUGUAGUGAUGGUGGAGCAGCUCAGUUAGACAUCAGACACAGCUCAGAUCCUGCAGCAAGAACACAUUGAGCACUCAAUGAAGCAU